AUGGCUGUGUUUGACGUUGAUAAUAUGAUAAGCCGCCUGCUAAACGUGGGUAUGGCUGGUGGACGACUCACAACUCAGGUAGGCGAGGAAGAACUACAUCGAGUGUGCCAAAAAGCAAAGGAAGUGUUCAUAAGCCAGAGCAGCCUGAUCGAAGUGGACCCACCUCUGGUGGUUUGCGGCGACAUCCACGGCCAGGUGCAUGCUGCUUAUUCGGAUCUGCUCCGUAUUUAUGACAAGAAUGGUUUUCCGCCGGACUCAAAUUAUCUUUUUUUGGGCGAUUUCGUUGACCGUGGCAAGCAAAACAUCGAAACGAUAUGCCUUCAAUUUUGUUAUAAGAUCAAAUACCCGGAAAAUUUCUUCAUGCUUAGAGGAAAAUUUAUGACAGAAAAAGCGAAAAACAGGAAUGGGGCAAAAAAGAAAAAGUAA